UCAUUGCUGAUCACGUGUCCCAGCGGCCAUUCGACACUCCGCGCGCGUCCGGCCUCUGAGGCGCCGCCGACCCCAACCUCGCUUCCCAUUGGCUUCCCUCCUCUCCCCUCGGAUUGGAUAGACCCCCGUCGCCAGUCACCGGUCUUGCCGUAUCGGCGUCGGUGCUCUCCCUAGUGGACAGGCCCUGACAGACCAUGCAGGUUGAUGAGCCUGGCCCUGUGCUCAGCCUGGCCGAGCUGAUGCUGGAUGUGGAGGAAUCCUGGUGCAUUGACUGCAGUGACGAGGAGAUCCAGGACACAGAGACAUGGACUCCGAGUCCACAGGAGAUCCUGCGCCUGUACGGGACCCUCGCUGAGGAGGGGGGCAGUCUCAAACUGAGCUGCAGACCCCUACCCCGUCGCCCACCGACACCCGAGGCUAACCCCACACACGAGGAAGUGGAGGAGGAGGAGGAGGCUGGAGAGGAGGAGGAAGAGAAGCCUCAGGUACCUACUGAGUUUGAUUUUGAAGAUGAGCCGACUCCACAGAAGUCGUUCCUGGGUGUGAGACGGACCCCAGCAGGUAGCGCGACCAGGACCCAGGGGCGGCAGGCUCGUCUGGAUAAGGUUCUCUUGGACAUGAAACGCCACCGGAAGAUCGAGGAGCAGAUGAUGAAGACUGGCAAGGAUAUCUUCGAGAUGGACCAGGAUGAGAUUCCCAGUCCCGGGAGGUCGAAAGGAAUCUUUCAACGGCGCAACUACUGAGUAAAAUAAGGGUUGGGGGGGAGCGAUGGAGGGAAAUAAAGCAGGACAAGGUCCCAAAGGGGGAAAUGGAGAUGAUUGUGAAUGGACCUCUUGGUUUUUCAGCGAGCCCUGAGAUGACAGGAAUUACGUGUUUGAGCUGUCUGAUGAACACCUUACUGUGCUGGGAAUUGGAGACGGAAAUCCAAUCUGUAACCCCCUGGCGGUCUGCAGGAGGGAAGGGGCUUUCAGGGUGAUGGGGUUUUCUGAGCAGAACGCUGUUCGUUUUGUUUAAAAUUGUAGUUUCCACUCGUUUCAUUGUGCUCAUUAAAAACAAUCGUACUGCCCAGAAACACUAA